AACUAAGUAACGCUUAAGUUUCACCUCUGAGGCGUGCUUUUCACGCGCAUUGAUUCAUACGACUCGAAUUUAACUGUUUUUGUAGCAAACGGACAAAAUAAUGGAGAAGAUCCCAAGGGAGAGUGCUGAUAAAGAGGAAAUGGAGAUACACACCCCCUCAUACCCCCUACCCCUGGAAAUACAGCAGAUGGAUCAUUCAGAGAAGGCCUGUCGUUAUUGUGGCGUGAGUUAUUUGAUCCUGCAUGAGUUCCAGCGUCUGCAGGAGCGUUUGUGGGAGGUGGAGAGAGAGCUGGAGCAGGAGAGAGGAGGUGCGGAGAGAGAGAGAAGCCUGAGAGAAGAGCUUCAGGCAGCCUACACACAUCUGGAGGAGCUGAAAACAUCUCUGCUUCAACAAGAGGAAACCACGAGGGCCCUUGACCUGCAGCUGUGCGUGGUCACGCGUGAGACGCAGAAAGAGCUGGAAAACCAGCGCUCUUGCCGCCUGCACCUCAGAUCGAGGUAUAUACAGCAGCAGAGGCGUCUCAGGGAGGCUCUGGUCCUGCUUCAGUCGUCUCGUGGGGAGAUGACGACUGUUAAGAGCCAGUUAACUCAUUUCCUGGAGACAUGGGACAACAGCAAAGCACGGAUACAGCAGAGUUGCAUCAGUGCUGACGCAGAGUGUGCCCGUCUGAGUCGGGAAGUGGAUGGGCUGCAGGCGGAGCUGAAGAGUCUGCAGGAGGAGGUGCCAGGCUUGAGGUUACACCUGAACACAGCCAGAGAACAGAUGCUGCAGUUGGAGAACCAGGUCCAGUCCCACAAACUACUGCAGAACCAAAACCAACAAGCCCAGUCUCUCAUACGGGGCCUGGAGGAGGAGGGGAAGACUCUGAAAAUAGAUCUCCAGAACAGCGUGCAUGAAAGAGAGCAUGUAAAGAAACUCCUAGAGAUAAAGUCCGUGGAGAAGGAGGAUCUACAAGCGUUGUGGAGGGAACAGACCGCCACCAUAGAGAGGCUGUCCCGAGACCUGAGGGAGGAGGAGGAGAGCCGGUUGUCAUGUCAACGACGAUGCGAGUCCAUGCAGGAGCAGCUGUUGGCGUGGCAACAGAAAGAGGAGGAGGUAACCCGGAGACUGGAAAGGGCGGAGGACGAGAUGAAGGACCUGAGAGUUGCCCGGUCCACUUUACAGCAGGAGAGGGAUGAGAUGAGAAGAAGUCAUGUGGGAGAACUGGAGAGACUGGAGGAGAGCUUUAGAAUAAGGCUGAACGCUGCAGAAGAGCACAGGUCAAAGAUGGAGGCUUUACUCCGGCAGACACAGGCUGAGCAGGACACACAGCUGAAACAGCAGGAGAUGGAGUUAAGAAGAGACGCUGAGAUUGAGCUGGACAUCCAAAGAGGGAAAAACCAGGAGCUGCAAAACAAAUACCAGAGUGAAAACCAGCGAAUGCAAAACAAGAUUCCCGCUCUGGUUGGUUCAGCCACACAGGAGCUCCAGGAGGAGUUGGCAGAGCUUCAGAAGCGUGUUCAUGAACAGGAGGAGCAGAUUCGUGAGAGCGCCACCCAGAGGCAGCAGGAGAUACUGCAGGAGCAGAGGACAGGAGAGACGCUGAGGCAGAACACACACCAGCUCAACAUCGCUCAGAGUCACAUACAGAAGCUCAGAGAAGAGAAGUGCCUUCUUGAGGAGACAGUAAGGCGUGAGUGUGAAGAAAGGGAAGAACUGACAGCAGCGCUGACACUGGCCAAAGAACAGCUUCAGGAACUCAGACACUCCACCCUUAAACUACACGAGAACCAGACACACACCCGACUCUCCAGAUCCACAGUUAUGAACUCAGACCUCCCCGUCCCCAGAGUCAAUCCCAGCCCUUCCCACCCUCAGACACACAACCACAGCACGUCCUCCAGCGUGGGAAGAAGUACGGCGUCCUGGCAUGGAUCAUCACGACCAACUCCCACCCUGCCCAAAAUCAGCAAAGAGAGAGUCGCUUCAGUGAACGGCCUGUGCAAGAGCUUCGGCAGGAUAAGGAGCAGACAGGACAAACUCUGA